GUAUGUCUUGCUACAUACCAUCGAUCCAAAAAUAGAUGUUGUCAAAGGGGGUAUAUACGUAGUAUUUUAUGGGGUGUAAGUAGUAAAUCAUUGGCGGUUUACAGAGAUAACGCAGAGCAGAGCCACAGAGACAGAGACGACGAUACUCCGCUUUCUCUUUCUCCGAUAAAAGUUAAACAAAUUGGAUGGUGGUAUUUUGAGCCAUACUACAGACACUGAGCUGCCAAAAAUGAAUGUGUUAUCCGCCAAUGUCGUACAACAACUGUCAUUUUCAUUCUCAAAAUCUUUAUCAAGUUUUGAAUGGGAGAACAAGAACAAGAAUGCGCUGUUCCUUACGGUGACUGUAGCAAAACCACCUUCUCGUUCAACUGUCAUCCGAAUGGGUGGUGGGCCAAGGACGUAUCCAGGCGGGGUGUCCAAGUGGCAAUGGAAGCGUAUGCAGGCCAAGAAGGCCAAGCAACUCUUGAAGGCACGACUGUGCCGGGAGCGGCAGAUAUAUGAAAUGAGGAAGAGGGCUGAGCUUAAGGCUGCUGUGUCUGACUUGGAGAGGCCCUGGGAGGUGGUUGAGAAGCCCCCUAAGUUGUUCUCUAUCAAAGCCGAUGAGCAGCUCAAGGUUUUGGCUGAUAGGUUUCAGAAGCCUGGUGGGUUUGACCUUUGGACUGAAAAUGAUGGACCUCAGUUGUUUCAAACCCCUGAUGAGUUGCCUUCUGCAAGGUUCUUUCCUAAAGGGGUUGUUCAUAGUAUCAAGCCUUAUAUGAAGGUUACUAGUGAUGACUUGUUGGAGGGAUCUGAUGUUCUAGAAAAUGAUGGCGGUGAAGGGUAUGGGUCAGAUGAUGUUCAUGAUGGUGAGGGUGGUUCUUCUUCUCCUUUGAAUUAUGGGAGGAAUGAAGUGAAUGUUGGCAGUCGAUUGCAAAAGAAUGGGAAUGGAAGGAGGUAUUUGUCAGAUAAUGUUGAUCGGUCUCAUGAUGGGGAGCGUUCUUCUCAUUUGAGUGCUGAGAGGAGUGAAUUGAAUGUUCGUGGUGGAUUGAAAAAGAACGGGAAUGGGAGGAGGUAUUUGUCAGAGGAUGUUGUUCGGUCCCAUGAUGGGGAGCGUUCUUCUCAUUUGAGUACUGGGAGGAGUGAACUGAAUGUUCGUGGUGGAUUCAGAAAGAAUGAAAAUGGGAGGUGUUAUUUGCCAGAAGAUGUCGAUCAGUUCCAUGAUGGGGAGCGUUCUUCUCAUUUGAGUACUAGGAAGACCGAGUUGAAUGUUCGUGGUGGAUUGAGAAAGAACGGGAGUAGGUAUUCAUUAGGGGAUGUUGAUCGGCCAGAUAAUGAAGAUCCUUAUUCUUCUUUGAAUUCUGGGAGGAAUGGAUCAAAUAUUGAUGCUAGAAUGAGGAAGCACGGGAAUGGAAGGAAGUUUAUUCCAAAGGGUGUAGAUGGGUCGGAUGAUGCAGAGCGUUCUUCUCCUUCACAUGCGAGGAAUGGAGCGAGUUUUGAUGGCAAUUUCGGGAAUAAAGGGAGUGCAAGGAGGGUUUUAUCCAACGAUGGUGAUGCUGUUAGGUCUAAUGGAUCUGGUGAUAUUAGAUUGAGGAGGAAGGAGAGUGGAAAGAGGUUUAUGUCAAAGGAUGUUAAUGGGUCUAAUGGGAUGUAUGCAGGAAGAGAUGCUUCUGGCAGAACACAGAGAGGGAGUAAUUCCAUUGCAGGCAGGAGAUAUGGAAAAUAUACUCAGAGGAGUUCAAACAAUGUUUCACGAAGGGUUAGAGAUGCAGAUUCUGAAGUUUAUGAUAUGGGUUUACAACAAGAUGGAAGUUAUCAAUUCUUACAGAAUGAGCAACCUGACUCUACAAGCUGGUAAAACUGUGGACUCUUAGUCAAGGGUUAUUCUUUGAUAUUGGUAAAAGUUUGUUUGAGAAAAAUGAUUGAUGCUUUGUUACUCUUUCGUAGGCAUUGUAAAAGUAUAUUUUGUAUAUAAUACAUUUCAUCUUUAA